UUGUUGCUUAUUUUUAUAAUCUAAUGCCGAAAAUAACAAUUUGUAGCUAUAUUUUAUGCGGUAAGCCCAGAAGUCCUUUCAAAAUACUUAAUGUAUAAUAAUUUUUAAUGUUUGUAAUUAUAAUUUUACAAUAUCGAAAAAAAAACGGUAAAAGUAUAAGAUAAAUAUGGAGGUACCGGAUAAAUUCGAGGAUAUAAUUUCUGAAAGUAACUUUGAAACGGCUGUUUCUCCUGAAACCAGGAAAGAAAAAGUUACUUUACAAAAUGAAGAAAACAGAGUGAAAGAAAUUACACCAAUAAAUGCCAAUUUAGAUGGUAUUCUUAUGGAUGCAUCAGAUGAUAACAGUAAGAAAAUUUCUGAUGAACAAUGUUUAAAAUUGAAAUCAGACGGAAAGGAUAUGCAAUUAGCAGCGCCAAACCAAAAAGCAGGUGAUGGCAUAGAAGAAAGUUAUUUAAAAAUAUGUGUUAAAACAGAUGCUGUGAUUACCUCGACAAAUAUAAGUCCUGAAAUAAGUUCUGCUAACAAAUCCCUUAUAGAGUACAUAGAUACAGCAUCAAAUAAUGACAAUGAUGUUGAAUCUAAUAUUGAUGAAGAAAAUAAUAGUGAUGUAUUAGAUGAAGAGUUACAGCUAAGAUGGGAUGAUGACGAAAAUGAUGGUGAUAAUGUGAUAGGCAGUGCAGAUGAAGAAGAAUUAUUAAAAGAAAAUACAGACACAUUUGAUAAAAUAGCUGAGAAGAAAGAAUCUGAUACAAAAGUACUGGAUGAUACAGAUGUAAUGGAGGAAAAAUUACAUACAGUAACAUCUGAUACAACUGAUGAAUAUAAUGAAUACAUUUCAACAGAUUCAAUACCAAAAACUGAAGAAAUUGUAACUCAGCAUGGCUUGAAAAAGCCUGAUAUGAUGUUGGAAAUACCCACUCAAGAAUUAAUGAACUUUAUGGAUGAAGAUGAUGAACCUGAUCUUAGUAAUUUAGUUCAAUCACCUGACAUAGAAAUGGGUAAAAAUAGUCCCAAGGUUGAAGAUGAUGUGGAUAGUAAUGACCUUAAGAAUUGUCUAAUUACAACAUCUAAUGCUAAAUUAAAAUUGGACAAUGUGGCAACAAAAACUACAGAAAUUGUACAAAUUGAGUCAAAGGAAUCUGAAAACAUCAAUGCCAAUGUAAGCGAAUCAUUAGGAAAGAAUGAAGACAAAGCUUUAACAGAAAUAGUAACAAAAGACACAGAAUCAAUUCAACUAAAAGAUGAUGGAAAUCAGCAAAAUAUUGAUAAAACUAUUGAUGAACCUCAACCUUCAACAUCCAAAGCUUCUGUAAUCACAGAAAUGAGAAGAGACUCAGAUGAAGUAGGUGAGAUGAGUGAUAGUCUGGGUUUGUUGGCCGAGUCUACUAGAGUGGAAGAAGAUGAUGAUGAUGAAGAGCAGGAGGAUGAUGAUGACAGAGAUGAUGAUGACAAAGAUGAUGAUGAUGAGGAAUAUGAUCCAGAUGAAGAGAAUAGUAACGAAACAGUUGUUGAAUAUUCAGAAGACUCUAAUGCGGUAAACUGUGAAUUAGACACUGUUAAAGAUGCACAAUCUGAUGCACAAGGCCCUAAAGUAUCACAGACAGACUUAACACUAUGCAAUGAACAAAUUGAAAUUUGUGAAUUCUCUAUAACUGACAAUAUUAUUCAAGAAGACAACUACAAAAACAUUGAAUCUACAGAGCAAAUGGAAUCUGAUGUAACAAUGAUUGAUGCUGAAAAAAAUGAUGAAAAUAGUGUGGAAAUUAGUGAAAAAAUGAAAUAUUUAGAAAAAUAA